GGCCUUAUUAUACAUAGAUUAUGAUCGGUGCAUCUAUGCUGAUAAACUUGCAAGAGACAUGGUUUAUCUGAAUGAAUAUCUGAAGUAGUUUAGCGGAAUGGGCUUCCUUUACCUCAUCAAAGUGAAUAGAGUGUCCAUAUGUACCUGGCGAUAACCAACACACGUCUUUACAACAAUUACAGGAAUCGUUUCAUUUGUCAAAAACAAAUGAAUGCUCGACCACGCCAUACCAUCGUGAGGCGUUGUUUAAUUCGCGGUAGCAAGAAAAGAGGUCUAGCAGUUGUUUGGCGAAAGUUCGCGGAAAACUCGAAUCGCAAUAAUGCGAUGAGUGAAAUGUCGAUGAGGGAAGCGUUGGUUCUUCUGGUUCUAGCCUGGGUUACCUUUAGAGGGAGUUACGCCCAAACGGAUCCACCAACUGUAGCUCCUACCGCGAAUGUAACGAAUUCCACCGAAGCUCCGACACUGGCCCCUACCUCGAACAUAACAAAUUCCACCGAAGCUCCGACACUUGCCCCUACCUCGAAUAUAGCAAACUCUACUGAGGCCCCAACACUCGCUCCAACAGAGGGACCAACUCUUGGACCUACGGUUGCCCCUACCUCCAACGUGACCAACUCUACUGAGGCUCCAACAUCGGCUGUUCCUACCACAGCCUCUCCUGGAAUAACUGCGAAGGCGUUCCUCGUUAUCCGCUACAAAGGCACGUUCCGGAUCGAGCUCUUGUUUCAAAUGAGCGACAUGUUUCAAAAGGAGCAGGAAAAUGUUACGAACGAGAUAAAGGCUGCCUUGCCAGGUGUCGUACAAAACGUCGUAGUCCUAGGCUUCCGACCAGGUUCUAUUGACGCUCUCGCGUCGUUUGAUGUCUUGUUGGGCAAAACCACAAUGAAGGACGUUGCGAAUGACCUCGAUACUUACAGGCAGGGAUCACCAUCACUUGGAAUCAUAGACAUGCAUCUUGUACAACCUGAUAGCCUUUGCCAAGUUCCCUUGGUUAACAUCACCAACAUACCGUCCAUCCGUAGUCCCGUGAUGACCAUUAAUCGGUCAUCAACCUUUACCAUCCAAACUUAUACCACGCUCAACUGUAGUCAGUCGUCCACAAUCUUUGAGUGGAAAGUUUGGCGUGUGCUAGAUGGCUUGAAGUUGAGUGAGAACGCCGAGCUAGUCGUUGUUGGCACUGCACAAUGGACUAUCAACCCGCGCGUUCUAGAAUACGGCAAUUACUUGGUGCAAUUUCGCGUAAUCAUGGAAUCAAACCAGAAGAUUUACGGGACAGAUAUCAAACUGCUUACGGUUAUCCCGUCUAGCUUAGUUGCGCAAAUCAAGGGCGGUUCCUUAGUGACACGUGGCUUUAACCAACUAAUCACCUUAGACGCCUCGCCUUCUAUAGAUCCCGAUGUAGGGCCUGGAAACUACACUGGAAUGACAUUUUAUUGGUUGUGUAAAGUGAAAGGGGAAAGUUUCCCUAUCGCCGAUGCCCCAGCUGUCGCGGUCAUCGACCCUAAUGGCGUGAAGGGUGCCGGCGGAUGUUUCGAUACGGGGAUCGGGAGGUUGGCUAGCACUGAUCUCUCGGUUGCCAUGGAUACCGGGAAGAUGACUGUAGGUACGUCGUAUGUCGUGAAGCUUGUUGUGGUGAAAAGUGCGGGUAGCGACCCUACAAGGGAGAGUGCGUACCAGCAGACCUUGCAGAUCGUCCAAGGUGAACCGCCAAGUGUCGACAUCAGGUGCAUUAUCAAUUGCGGUGCUCGCACCAGUCUCUCCUCUCGCCUAAAGCUAUCAACGAAUUGCACAUCUCCCGAACAGACAUGCGCUAAGCCGCUGACCUACAGCUGGAGCCUGCAGUCCUGGGAUGUAGGCUCUAGUUCCUGGACCACCGUGCCCGACUUGCAGAGCAAAAUCUUCACCUCCCUCUCCUCCCCUGAUAUCUAUGUCAAGAAAAAUGUGCUCAGUUCUGGAACAAAAUACCGAUUGACUGUGACAAUAUCAGCCCCAGGGUUGGUCCCUGGUGUUUCUAGCUACGAUCUAGAGACCAAUUCCCCACCGACUGGGGGUACGUGCGAAGUGACGCCAACUCAGGGUUUUGUUCUGGAAACUGUAUUUACAUUAAAGUGCCAGGGCUGGACGGACUUGGACAACCCGUUGGUGUACCAGUUCUUCUACGUAACCGAGCCUGGCCUUACCAGCGUCAUAACUUAUGGGAGAACCAAUGAAAUCAGAACAAAACUUCCAGUUGGCGUGGCCAACCGGAAUUUCGUCAUUGUCAUUCGGUUCCUUAUUCUGGACAGCCUGUCUGCUGCCACGGAAGUACAGAAAACGGUCAAGGUAAGGACUCCCUUGGCUUCUGACGCAUCCGAGACUAAGAACACCAUCAACAAGGCAAGCAAUGCGUUCAGCGGUCUUCUGCAAAGUGGCGACGUACAAGGCGCUACUGAGGUCGCUAAUGCUAUACUGGGCACAAUGGACAACGCACCACAGGAAUCCCUCAACAACACCGAGAGAACACAGAUCGUGGAUAAUCUCGUGGAACAGAUGACGUCACAGGUUCAGGUUCAGACACUACAGGCACUGAGUCAAGUGACGUCAGUCAUCGGCCGCGCCACAGCGAACCCGCAAGAGGUCUCCAUGAAAGCUCAGAAUGAUAGCCUAAAGGCACUGGUGUCGUUAACUGGUUUACUGCAGUCAAAGUCUAAGAACACGGACGUGCUGGAUGACGGCCUCGUGGAGGCUGGUGCAGAAAACCUUGUACUUAGUCUUGGAAAUUUGCUGAACUCGGCGUCACAGAAAGCACAGCUGUUAUCUGGAGAGAGUGCGGAGCUCAGCCAGAAUCAGCAACAGAGUAUCGAUGCGUCCAAGCAAUCCGUGUUCCUGGUGGACUCAGUUGGCAACACCCUCUUAUCCAGGAAGGUGGUAGGUGAGCCUGCAAGUGUGGUGCGGACAGCGUCCCUCUCCCUAGUCCUCGGCAGACAGACACCAAGUGACCUCCUCAAGACAAAGAUAACAGGCUUAAAAUCCUCGUCCGUGGAGCUACCAGAUGACUCGCGGUUAAGGGAGUUGGUACAGGGCCGGAAAUACGUCGAUAGUCAGAUGACUCUCUCCGAGUACAACCCUUUCACUUGGGACACGACAUCGAGGCUGAUUGAUAGUCACGUGACCAGCUUCGACUUGAGAGACGAGCGCGGCAACGAGAUAGUGGUCAGCGGUCUAAGCGAGCCCAUAGAACUCGUGAUACCGAAGGAGAACAGUACAAGGAACGUAAGCACCGCCCCUCUCAGCUCGUUUCUUAAGCCGGAUCAAAUUGCAUACCACAAAGUUAACAUAGAAAGCGAAGGAGCAGCUCUUUUAUUAGAGAUUAGCCCAGCACGUGACAUAUCUAUUCGCCUUCUGAUUGGCUACAAAUCCCGGCCUACACUUUCCCAAAGCGUUUUCCAAGAGCUGGCCGCUGACCUUCCUUCUUGCUCUGCAAGUGGGGCUCAAAGGGUCUGCAAAAGGGAGCUCGGGGAAAUUUUUAUUUCAUCGGCUGUGCUCAACCGAAGAGGUUCAUACUUCAUCGGGUUACAGUACGUGAAGACUUCUCGCACCAGGCGCUCGUGUUUUGGUAACGGUCGACAAAAGCGCUCCUGCAUUGAGCCUAAGGACCCCCCGCAGCUUGGCAACCGAACGGUUAUGCCAGCGUAUGACCACGUGACUGAUGUGAAUUACACGCUGAGCACGCAGCAGUUAGCCUGCAUGUUUUGGAGUAACAAGAAAUGGUCAACCACAGGGUGCACGGUUGGACCCAACUCGUCCACGCAAGCGCUCCAGUGUCUGUGUAUUCACCUAACGCCAUUCGGAGGAGGUUUGUUCGUGGCGCCAAACCCUAUCGAUUUUGACGUGGUGUUGCUGGAGCUGACGCGACUGGAUGAGAGCGGGAACGUCGCCGUACUUGUCACUAUCAUAGUCCUGCUCCUGCUGUACUUGGUGACAGCGGUAUUUGCGAGACGCGCAGAUAGGAAGGAUCAACGGAAGUAUGGACCCUUGAUUUUUAUCGAUCGAUCAACCGCUGGUCAUAUGUACCAAUUGACCGUAGUCACUGGCGUAUGGCGUGGUUCUGGCACUACAGCCCACGUUGCCAUAGAGAUCCACGGAAGCGAGGCUGUAAGCCAACCCAUCAUCCUUCACCGUGACAUGCAGUCACCGCGCGUUACGUUAGCGACCGGAAAUGCUGACCAGUUCAUGAUAUCUCUGCCCGCGAGUCUUGGCUCUGUGCAGCAGCUGAAUGUGGGUCAUGAUAACGCUGGUUCCGACCCGAGCUGGUUCCUGAACCAGAUAGUCAUCACAAGCUUAGAGGAUAACAAGUCCUGGCACUUCGUACACAAAGACUGGUUAGCUUUGGAAAAAGCCGACGGAAAAAUACAAAAGACUCUGUUCCCAACUCUUCAAGCUGAAAUGGAGACCUUUAAGUACUCGUUUAAUCACAGAACAAGUAAAAAGUUCACCGAGGAUCAUUUGUGGCUUUCUGUCGUCACCAAGCCGCCUUAUAGUAACUUCACCCGCCUCCAGAGAGCCACUUGUUGCCUGUGUAUCUUGUUCUCAGCGAUGGUCGUUGACGCCAUGUUUUAUAAACUGAACCCAACCGCUGACCCUACCAUCAAUGUCGGUCCUCUGAAAUUCAGCUGGAGGCAGCUUAUGGUGGGGAUCCAGUCGAGUUUUAUAGUGGUCCCAGUUGGACUCGGCAUUGUCGCACUCUUCCAAAACAGCAGACAAACGCGCAGCACUGUUAAAAGCGACGAUUCGGUUAGACCGGGCUACCUGUGUUGUUGUGGGACGAAAGGGAAUGGGUCCGAUUUCAUCGACCCAAAUGAAGAUAAGAAUCGAGGAGUGGGAUGCCUGUGUUGUUUUGGUUCUCGUGGUGGAUACGACGUCGCAAAACACCAGACGGAUCAGAUAGGUGACGUCGCAGAACAGCAGACGGAUCAGAUAGGUGACGUCGCAAAACACCAGACGGUUCAGAUAGGUGACGUCGUAAAACACCAGACGGAUCAGAUAGGUGACGUCGCAAAACACCAGGCGGAUCAGACAGGUGACGUCGAGCUGAGAAGUAUGCCGAAGUCUUCUGCGCUACAUCACAUUGUAAAUGUCAAGAAUACCUGCGCUUAUGCCGAUUGUACGUUGCUAAAUAUGCAAAAAGCCGACAGCGAAAAUACCAGCACACACUUUGUCGGGAGAGCUCAUAGCAGCCCUGCGCUUCAUCUUUUGCCUGAUUCCAAGUCUGUUGGCGCCCCUGCGCAUGUGAUACGAGUGCGAUCUUCAAGUUCUAGCGGUGGUUGCCCUCUUGGCAAUGAUGCUUUUUCGAGAGCAGAAUGUGGCACUGUUACAGUAGUAAACAAAACAAACGAACUGAAGAAUCUUACAGAGCACCCUUUAAGUAUUUCGAGUGAGAAUGUGCACUUCGAAGGGCUUGAAAAUUCAGUUUUGUCCAAUAUCAAGCGUAAUGAUUCUUUCGUUGAUCUGGGAAGCCAGGAGGCCCUAUUAGCGAAAGUCAACGAGACUGAGUCCGACUUAGUAAAAUUAAUUCGAACGAGCAGGGGUCAUUCUAUAGAAAGUUCUGGUACCGCUUUAACGAACGUUGAUCGAUUACCUGAUUUCGCAAAAACAGACCAGGUAGGACAUGAGCAACUGAUAAUUGGCAACAAUCAAGAAUUUGCGAGUUACGAGCCAUCAGGGGUUACAUCCGUCAAGAAAACCAGCAAUGAUCAUAGCGAAAUCCCAGCAAAAGGCCUGAUAAAGAAUAAUGUCUCCAAUGGUUACCAAGACGUUACUAACUUAGAAAAGAUACAAAGCAGCAGUAUCCUAGAAAGUGAUGUAGACAAGGAAAACAAAUCCUGUUGCGAAAAAGUCAUGUCAUUGUUUUCGAAGGAAGGCGUGAGUGAGGACCAGUUCAGCUUACCUCACUUCUGCGUCUACCUCGCGUGGUUUUUGUGCUUCGUAGUUGUUAGUGUAUCCGCCGCCUUCACCUUCAUGUACAGUCUGGUCUGGCAAAAGACAAUCGCUGAACAAUGGCUCACAUCUAUGCUAGUCUCAUUCACUCAGGAUCUAUUCGUUAUUCAACCACUCAAAAUCUGCAUUCUCGCCAUAUUUCUCUCUUGCUUCUUCCGAAAACGUGCAACUAAGGACCUGGUGUCUGGACCAAAGGAACUUAUACAUGUUCAAGAAACAAUACCUGGACAGUCCAGGGAAAGUGCCAAUCAAUUAUCCUUUUCUGUCCCGAAUGAGGAACAUUUGAAGAAGGUCAAGAAGUACAAGGUCAAGGAGUCAAAGAUGUUCGCGUUUGCUCGCGAGGUUUCCUUGUAUCUUCUGUUUCUCACACUGCUGACCAUCGUCUGCUACGGGAACAGAAGCUCUCAUGGUUUCCAAAUGAAAACAAAUGUGGUGAAUGAUUACAGCGAUUUUUAUAAGAUAGACACCGAUGCCAAGUACUGGUCGUGGAUGAAAAGUCAAUUUGUCAGCGGCCUGUAUGCGGGCUCGUGGUAUAAUGGGAAGAAAGAGAGACAGGAAGAGUAUAUCGGGAACAAAGCAUCCAUUCUGAUAGGGAUGCCGCGACUCAGACAGCUCAGGGUCCAAUCAGACUCGUGUAAACUUGCUAAAAAGGUCAGGGUCCUGGCUGAUCACUGCUAUGACGAGUACUCGCUCGCCGAGGAAGACAAGACUCGCUACUACCUACCACAAUGGCUCCCUGUUCCCGGCGAUGUCCCGUAUGCUAACCUGACGCGACUCUGCCCUAGGCCCUGGCGCUACAGCACGGCCGUGGAGCUUGGGUUCUCCCCCUCCUGGGGGUACUUCCAUACGUAUAAUGGGGGUGGAUAUGUAGCGGAUCUAGGAUACGAUAACGGCACUGCAUUUCAAGUGUCAACAACUCUGCAAUCAAAUAGAUGGAUGUCAUCCCAGACCCGCGCGGUUUUGCUUGAAUUUACCAUCUUCAAUGUUAAUACGAACUAUCUGACUGUAAGCACUUUCUAUUACGAGUCCCGACCGACGGCAUUCGGAAAGCCGUACCAAAGGAUUGAAAGCCUGGCGCUUUACGGCACGGAGUCGGGCGCGUAUGAGUUCUACCUUGUGUGCGUCCUCUUGUUUAUGUUAUUGACGGUGUACUACGUGGUCCAAGAAAUGCGACAAGUUUACAAGGGAGGUAAGGGGUACUUUAAGGAGCCGUGGAAUUGGGUUGAGUUGUUGCAGUCCAUCUCUGCGGCGUCUGUUGUUGUGUGUAACAUUAUAAAGGAAAAGACGCUUCUAGAAGCUAUCACCGAGUUAAGGAAAAACCCGUUCGUGACGGUGAGCUUCCAAAAAGCUGUUAUGAUCCAAGAAGCUGAAAACAUCGCGCUUUCCUUCACGGUAUUCUUCGCUACGAUGAAACUCCUGAGACUUAUUCGGUUCAACCCACACAUUAUCAUAUUCUCUUUCUCGUUGGACAAAUCCAAGGAGCUUCUUCUUUCCUACUCCGCAAUCCUGAUUACGGUAUUUCUUGGGUACGGCUUUUUGUUUCACUUGGUUUUCGGAUCGAGUCUAUUCCAGUGCUCGACAAUGCUCAACACUAUGUACUUUGAGUUGCUCCUUUCAAUUGGAGAAAAAAUGAAACUGGAUAAUCUGCGACAAGAAAGCGAGAUUCUUGGGCCCUUAAUAGGGUUUCCAUUUAAACUUUUAUUGAUUUUUAUUUUUAUGAACUUCUUUGUCGCGAUUUUGAACGACGCAUAUGAGGACGUCAAUACUAAUACAGACCGAAAGGGGGAGCAAUUCGAGAUGUCUGACUUUAUCAUACAGAGAUUAAAGGAAAUGUUGUUACGGAAGAAGUACGACUUGCUGCAGAAUGAAGACGAAACUAAGUCUAACAAUGAAUUUAGCAAAGGGACAGAGCUAGAAAGUCAUCACUCUCGAGAAAAUAGCGGUUUUACUAGCAGCACAACAGACCUUGCAGGCAAAGACAAAGAGACUUUGCUUGAAGGCGACAUGGUCGAAAACGGCGUUCGUUCAUCUGAGAAGAAGGAUUCCUUGGCAUCAAAGAAGCAGCUUAUUCUAGAUUCUUUGCAGUUGUUGGGCAAACAACGACCUUCCGAAGGCGAAGUAGAUAGAAAUACAGCUCAACUCAAACAUUUCCGAUCAAUAAAUAUCACUCAUCUACAUAAUGAUUCCGAGAAGGAUUCUCUCUUGACUAGUUCCAAGAAACAGCUUAUUAAGGAUUCUUUGAAUGUGCUUAACAGAAGGAGUAUCGGAGGAAAAAAGGUUCUAGAUACAGUAGAGGAAACAAACCUGGGGCGACCGGACGAUACCGCCACUGCAUCGUCCGAGAACGCUUAUCGGAUGCGUCGUGCGUGUAGAUUUAAACCAAGUACUAGUACGGCUUCAAUACCUUCUGUGUCUCAAUCAUUUGGAAAUGAGGGAAGACACCGUGUGGUUGAAUUAGUGAACAAUUAUCUUAGGCAAAAGCAGAUGAAGGCUUUAUCGGAGCAGCCUGAAAUUCGGAAAUCAAGAAAGAAAAUCAAAAGGCGAAAUCUGCAGAGAAAACUUUUCCAGUCAGAGCAUCACAUGAAACAACAAGGAUAUCAAUAUGAGAAGCUUCUAGACGUUAUGGACAAUCAAGGAGGGGAUUUGACAUCUAUGAUGUCUGAGCUUGAAGAAGAUUACAUCGAAGAGAAGACGGACUUCCUCCAUCUUUUCCAACUUCUUGUCCCAAAACCUGAACUCGAGGAGCAGAAGGAUAUGAAGACGAUGAUCAUGUCACUUAGGUUUAUCAGUAAGUUGAAGAAGGCAAGAGCAGCACGACUGAGCAGGGAACCGAAACCACCCGAAGAAAAACCCCAACAAGCCCCUACCGUUGACGUCGCUCGCUCAAGUCGACUCUUAUCGAUGUUAAAAAAACGUACCCUGGAGAAAAGAGCAUCACAGACCGAGGUUGAACCCGUGGAUGCGAGUGACAAGGCGUUAGUGCAGACUUUACUGAAUAACCCGGACCUGGCUUUCCUUACCGAUGAAGAGAUACUGAGUAGUAUUAUAGCGCUCAGGAACGCUCGUAAGAAAGGGGUGCCUGAACAUCUAAGGAUGAGGAAUUUUAUGAGAUCCGUUCAAAUGCAGUAGACUCUCGAGAAUCUCAGGAAUACUCAAAAGAAAGUGGGGUACCCUUGCAUCUAAGGAUGAGGAAUUUUAUGAGAUCCGUUCAAAUGCAGUAGACUCUCGAGAAUCUCAGGAAUACUCAAAAGAAAGUGGGGUACCCUUGCAUCUAAGAAUGAGGAAUUUUAUGAGAUCCGUUCAAAUGCAGUAGACUCACGAGAAUCUUAGGAUGAGAUGCAUCCUAAGAUUGCAUUCAAAUAGCCCGAACCAGCAAUAUAAGAAAUCCAACCAAGCUAAAGAUAGCUUAGAAUUCAACUCAAGAAAUUAAGUGUAGUUAACAGUUAAGAAGCUAAGCAGGUAGAGAAAAUCCACAGUGUCCUCGGCCAACAAAGGAAGGUUUAAUUUGAACAAACCACAUCAUCAAACACCCACCCUUAAGCAACCUUACAUAGACGUGUAGGUUUAAGGUAAAUUGGCUAGCCACUCGUUCACUUUGAAACACGUCUCAAAUAUGUGAACAUUCCCUCAUAAUAUAGGUCCCGUUUUCUUGUUCCCCUAGGAUCCCUCGGCUUUUUACUACCUCCGGUCGCAAUUGACUAGUACCUGGUCUUGCCCACUGAUAAUAAACCUUGUACUAGAACACGCGAGGCUGCUUAACUUUUUAUAUAGAGCUUUAUGAAAAAUCCCAUUCAUUAUUUAAUGUAAUUUAUUAUACAUUUAUGUGGAUAUAUUCUUUGGCCCUUGCUGUCUUCUCAUAUUCUAUUGUUUCUUACUAUUCUCUACACCAGCAUGCACACCUUAUCAACCUUUCAAGAGGCCUUUUAGACAAGGAGAUAAAAGUUUUUCAGAACAUUAGAAAUUUUUUUGCAAUCUUGAUUUAUAAACAAUUAUAAAAACCGAUUUAGUAACUAUAUGUGUUGGAAUCAUAAACUAAUACUUAGACUGACAGACAGGCUGAUGUUCUCGUUAUAGCAUUACACACUAUACUAGUAAUAGUAUGUACCUGACAGAGACAUUGCACAAGCAGCCUCAACAUAAACAAAUUGGUUGGUAGACUUUGGAGAGCACUGCACAUUACUGAUUAGUGGAGCCUGAAAAGGCAUUGCACUUUACUAGAUAGUAAAAGCUCGGAAGAGUCAUUGCACAUCAACUUAGACAGACAAUACAUUAUCUUAUACACACUGUAUACGAUAACGAUAACAAAUAAGAGGAAUUUUUUUAGAUAUUUACAAAUAAAAUCUAGACUUACGAGAAAGGGCUA